AGAAGAAGUAGGCAGUUUCAUUUGUAGUUUCCAGAAAUAUUAAAAGUCAUGGCGGCUUCCAUUGAGAGUUUACUGGAAGAAAUCUCCGGUGUUGAAGAUCCAAUCGAGGAGCUACAGUGUUUAAAAACUGCGUUAUUAUCGAUUCCUGCCAGCGCCUUGAGAGACUCAGUGAGCGGGCAGCGUUUCAAUGUGAUUUUCUCCCUGUUACACUCAGAUGACAGGGAGCAGGUUGAGCUGUGUGUGGACAUCCUUGAAAGCAUCUUAGUGGCCCUCAGCCCCCUGUCCCUGGCCCAGAACUACAGAGUGGAGCUGCAGGGGGGUCUGAGUCAUCCUAAUGAAGCAGUGAAGAUACUGGCCUUGAUGCAGAUUGGUAGAAUUGUAGAGAACCCCGACGCUGCCACAGAAAUCCUUAACAACCAUGACAUUCUUGGAGCAGUGGUCCGCUGCAUCGGAGAAGAGAAGCUGGCUGUGGCAAAGCAGGCCAUCCAGUCCCUGUCCAAACUGAGUCACUCCAAGCUGGGCUUAGACAAAUUGUUCCAGAGCGACCUGCUGAAAGUCAUGAAGGAUGUGAUGGCCACAAGUGACAUUGUCAGAUACAGAAUAUAUGAGCUGGUGGUGGAAAUCUCGUCUGUAUCUCCCAUUUCCCUCGGUUACUGUGCCAACAGCAGCUUAAUCUCUCAGCUGCUUGGAGAACUCACAGGAGAUGAUGUAUUAAUCAGAGCCACAGCCAUUGAGAUGGUGACCAGUCUAGCUCAGAGUCAGCAUGGCCGGCAGUAUUUGUCCCAGCAGGGUAUAAUGGACAAGAUCUCCAACAUGAUCAGAGGAGCAGAGACCGACCCUUUCUCCUCCCUCUACCUUCCUGGUUUGGUGAAGUUCUUUGGAAACCUGGCCAUCAUGGACAGCCCACAGCAGGUUUGUGAAACCUAUCCGAUCUUCCAGAGCAAGGUGUUUGAGAUGGCUCUGGACCCAGACCCUGCAAUGACUGGCGUGGCUCUGGACACUUUGGGUCUACUUGGAUCUACUGUGGAGGGGAAGCAGGUCCUUCAGAAAACAGGAGAAAAGUUCAAGGCUGUGUUGUUAAAAAUGAGCCAGCUUGCCAGUUCUGGAGCCACGGAGCUCAGAGUGCGCAGCUUGGACGCCAUAACACAACUUCUCACUCUGCAGCCAGAGCAGCAGACGGAAGACCUCUUGGCCCUGACAGAGUCCUGGUUCCUCCUUUUGUCUAAGCAGCCCAUGGACAUGAUCUGCAACAUCAGCACCCAGCCGUUCCCAGAGCUGCACUGUGGGGCUCUGCGGAUAUUCACUGCCGUUGCCACUCAGCCGUGGGGUCAGAAGUUAAUGAUCAGCACUCCCAGUUUCAUGGAAUUCGUUUUGGAUCGUUCAACGGGUCAGACAAAGGAGGCUAAAGAUGCUAAAUUUGAACUGGUGGGGGCACUCGUGAGUUCAUCCACAGCCGCAGAGAUUCUGGGCAGCCAGCAUUACAUCCGUCUGAAGACGUACAUCAGAGAGGGACCAUACUAUGUUUCAGCUGUAGCCGUCGUUGGCACAGAAGGAGCAGACUGAUUCAAACAAACAUACACUACAAGGGUUUCUGGUUUUUGCUUAAGUAAUGGGUAAGUGCCUGAAUAACAACUGUGGGAUAACAGAUUAUACUCUGGUAUAAUAAACUCUUCCUGAUAAAUACAUAAACAGUUCUAACAAAUCAGGAUGUGGUGCUCGGCUGAUUGGAAGCUAAGUUUUCAAAAUAAAUUGACAAAAAUAAAUGUUCUACUGCAUCAAGAAACAACUGGUAAAGGGUGGUUGCGGUACUUUGGAGGUAUUUAGAAAACAAAGGAGUAAUUUGUAAUAAGAAAAUUGUUGUUAUUUGAGCCUGCAUUUUGUUUAGAUUCUUUACACACAUGAAUAUAUUUAUCUGGCUUUUCUUUGAGGACAUUCAACAUCUGAUCAGUCAUUUUUCUUUAUUUUACAUUUUGAGCAAAUCUCGUGUUGUGAAUACAUGUUUCCUCUUAUUAAAGGGCAGUAAUGGGAAUGCAAGGUUUAAGCUUUUACUACUGCAAAUGUAGAAAUGGCCUUUGAAAAAGGUAUUUUAGAAGACAGUAGUAAGUUCUAUAUUUUUUCGGUGCUUCACCAUAUCAGAGAGUAAAAGUUACGUAGGAUAUCUCUGAAUCUGCCGCUCCAGUUUGUUAUUGAACAGUUGAAGCUCCCUUAAAAUGAUUACACAACAAGAAGUCAGCAAUGACUUAAUGACUGUAUGGAUUGUUUACCAAGUACUUAAGCAGUAAUUAGAGAGGCUUACAGGAUGUAAAAUGUACCCUAAAAUGUUUACCAUUCAGGCACUUAUACAAAACCACAUCAUCAUUUCCAGUAUCUUUUAAAACUCUUUGAUCUCCCAUUCUCCAAAUCUUUCAGACAUUGAUCUAUUUUUUGUGUCAGAUAUUUUUGUUUACAAAAUGGAAGCUUUUUUUGUAUUAAAGAGGAUGCAGUCUGAAAACAGAUGUUUCUUUACUUUUCAUACUUUGCACGUCUAUUGUAGCACAAUAUCACACCCAGAAAUGUGAUUUUUGAAAUUUCAAACACCCCUUCAAGGUUUUUUAACAACGGCAAUUAAUCUUUUUGUGGCACUGGACAAAAAAAAUGUUUUAUGCUGAUUUAGGAAGUUAAAGGCAGAAUUUUUUUUUAAGUAAAAAGGUACAGAAAUAUUAUCCGUAAGACUAAAGUACCACACUGGGCUCAACUUAAACCAUUUAUGUGGUGCAUUCACUUUGUUUUAAAUGUUGGUGUACAGAAAAACCAGUAAGUAGUCAUCCCCCUUCACUUUAUGUUUUAAAAGAUUGGUUUAAGUUCAUUGCUUCCCCUUCAUAUACAUUUAAAACCCUAGAAUUUCAAAAGCAAAAAACAGGAUUAGUUGGGUUUUUUUUGCAGAUUUAUUCAAGAGAAAAUUACAUUGACAUAAGUAUUCAGGCUUUCAGUACAGUUCAGUCUCAAGUCUUCUUGCACAUGACAAGAUGAGCUCUGGAUUUAGGGAUUUUCUGCAGAUCCUGCAGGCUCUGGCUGAGCUACUCAAG